AUGCAUGCAAAUCCAGUAGCAAUCUCAAUAAUUUUGGCGGCGUUGCUCAUGGCUGAGAAAUCCAUUGGAGCAGGAGACACGCUCUCACAAAGGGAAUCUCUCACAGGAAACCAAACAUUAACCUCAAAGAGUGGAACGUUUGAAAUGGGUUUCUUCCCAACAUCCACAAACAGAUUCUACCUAAGCAUUCGUUACACCCAGAUUCCAAAACCUCUAGUUUGGAUCGCAAAAAGAGAAAAUCCAUUGCCAAACCCAACCACUUGCAAGCUACAAAUAUCUUCCAACGGAGAUCUUCAAGUCUACAACGGCAGUGAUAUCUUCUGGUCAACUUCCUCGUCCUCGUCCACGUCGAGCGUGGUCGCGGUGCUCCUUGACGACGGAAACCUGAUCCUGAGAGAUGAACGGCAAGGCAUCAUCAUGACUUGGCAAAGUUUCCAUCACCCUACGGAUACUUGGCUGCCCGGAGCUACACUUAGCAUCGGACAGAGGCUGGUUUCCUGGACGAGCAACGAAGUUUGGGCUUUAUACUUGAAUCAUUCGAGUAAAAUUCUUGAUUAUAUCACAUGGAACUCAUCAAAGCAUGACAUAUUGGGCUUAAUCAACUUGGCCCAUUUUGCAUGA